UAUACUGAAAGCAAUCAGAUUGUCUUAUCUCGAAUGAAAUGGAACAACAGCAAAGCAGUUCAAACAAUGAACUUGAUUUAAUGAACACAUCGUGAAUCGCAGUCACGCUCAUUUUAGUAUAAAUAAAGCGGCAAACGUUUUGGAGAAUCGUUUCAUGAUCUUUGAAUCGGAGGCAACACGUAACGAUGUCAGACCAAAGCCGAGCUUUCAUGUGGAUCAUGCUGUUAUCUUCGUUGUGUCAUCCAAUACAAACAUUUCUGCUGUCUGGAGGUGAUGUUUGUUUCGGAAUCUGCAACUGCGUUGAAGAGGAGAUGUGGUACUCGUAUUAUGCUAUAUACGAAGCCGAAGUGAAACUGGUACGAUGCGAGGAGAGAGAUCUCAGAUCUAUACCAAACUUUGCAAUUCAAAAUCUUCCAACAGGAUUCAACCCCAGUGGACACAACUUUACCGUUGACUUGCACAACAAUUAUAUACAAACUGUUCCGGACAACGCGUUUGGAGACCUUCCAAAGCUUUCCAGCGUUGACCUCUUUGGAAUAAUUUUGUACAAUAAUUCAAUAACGUCCGUAAACGAUUCGGCAUUUCUUGGUCUUGAAAAUACUAGAGUUGUCGUAGAUCUCGGAAACAAUAAUUUGACUACAAUCCCACAAGCACUGCGUAUUCUAAGAAAAAUCGAAGUGUUAUUACUAGAAUUAAAUCCGAUUAUGACCUUAGAUGCUUCCAUGAUUCAACACAUCAGUCCCUUGUUAGUCUUUAGUUUAAAUUUGACUUUGUAUUAUAGCUGGCCAGUAGAACUCAAUAAUCUCCAUGUACAAGCCGUUUCUUUUUAUGGUUACUCUGGAAAUUCGUUUCAGAAUUUUGAUGUUCAUGGCAUCGAUCAACGUGGGAUUAAGUUAGAGAUAGUAGGGGCGGACAUUGUAGAUCUUAGUGAUGUGAUUUGUAAUAAUCAAAAAAACGUCUCUGAGCUUUGGCUUUGGGAAAAUUACAAAGUAGAUAUUAGGCCUUUUGAAAGGUGCAGUCAAGGAAAGGUCAUGCAAAAUAUUUUGACAUUGGUGCUUGAUAACUUUAACUUUGAAAGAAUCCCCAACUUCGUUCACACACUGAUUAAACUUGAAUGGCUCAGUAUUUCAUUUGGUAAUAUCACCGAAAUUAAUGCCAACGACUUUCGAGGACUAACAGAGCUAAACGUAUUGUAUCUUGAAAGCAAUCGAAUCAAAACAAUACAUCCACAUGCAUUCGACACAAACACAAAACUUCGCAGAUUAUAUCUAACCAAUAACAUGUUGACGCAUAUUCCAGAUAGUGUCGUAGUUUUAAAUCUUGGGUUGUUGAUAAUGGAUUCUAUCGAUUGCACAUGCUCCAGUUUGCAAAAUCUGAAACAAGUAAAUACAACUUUUUUUUUCGAUAGUAUACUCUGCCUUGGCAACACGCAGUUUGUUAAAGACGCCCUCGCUGCCUGUCCUUGAUAACAAUGUCAUUCGAUCGCCAUGUAAAAACAUUUGGAAAUCCUUAAUGACAUAUUUUCACAAUUGUAAAAAAAACGCGGAUAGUGAGAUCCGAUUUUGUCGAUUUUUUAUAUCGCAAUUUUGUAUAUUUUGUGUUAGUUGUUUACUUCUCUGCCUUGCGUAAUGUUGAAUAUACAAACGAAUGAUUAUGGAUUAUGUUAUACACAAUUUUUGAAUGUGUGUCUCGUUUAGAUCUGUGUUUAAAACUAUCAUAUCUCCUUGGUGUAUGCAUGCACGGUGUGUAUGUUAACACAAUUGAUUCAACUCGAAUUUAAAUUGGGAUAUGUAACAAUAGUAUUUAAAUGCGCGUAAAGGUACUAUAUUGCCAUGUUGUUGAAUGUGGAUGCGAGGUAAUCACUUAUUUGUUCAUGUGAUGGUGAAUGAUGUUUUAUAUAUCAUAAUGUGAACGGGAAGUGUUUUCGUGAUAAAAUGUUUCACUUUAGUGAAUUGCUGAAUGUUAAUCGAAAUAUGAAUGCCAAGAUGACAUUUGAUUGUUGUGCAUGGUUACUUAUUGUAAUAAAGAAUAUUUAAUAUA